AUGGCAACAACACCUAAUGAGUUUCUUGAAUUCGCAAAAGAGAUGGGCCUUGGACAAAUACAACCAACUUCAGUAACACUACCAUCACUACCAAAUGAUAAUAAUAAUAACGGCUGUACAUUAACUGGCUUAUCUGCAUUUAGUAAUUUGUGUCAUCUUAUUGAAGAUAUACAUAAAUUAAAAACUGAAAAUGAACAUCUACGUGGUCAUUUAGAGUUAAUUAAUCGUACCGAAAAGUUUUUAUUAAAAGCUGAAGAAAAUGAUAAUCGGGCAGAAAAUAAAACAAUGCCUUCGACAAUAUUCAUAAAUGAUCGUGAAGGCGAAUUCGAUGAAGACAAAAGUUCAACAGUAUCACCUUCGAAUUCGUUGAAAAUUAAAAAGAAGAACGGCUCAUCGAAUCAAUCACUCUCGAAUAGAGAACGGCACGGCUAUGAUUGUGCCCAUCAUCAGGAAGAUUUAUCGUCGAUGUUAAAUAUCGAUCAUAAUUUAGGCGUACACACUUUAAAAAAUUGGAAUAGAGUUCGACAUGCGUUCACAUUUUCGCUCCGACGAAAAACAAAUUCACCGCCGAGUCCUUUACUAGCUCAUGUCGAUCAAACUAUACCUGUUAUCAGUAUUUCGAAUGAAAGCGAUGAUUACCAUUCACAACAUCCAGCGAAAAAGAAAACAAUUAAGGAUAAACGACGAGGUCCUUUUGGUGAUGAUACUGAUCAAGAUGAUGAAUAUCUUGAAUUUAAGAGAGUUCACAAUAAACGAGAUCUCUAUAGAAAUGAUAUAACAAAUUCGCCAAGUAGAGAACGGCAAGAAUCAUCAACAUCAAGUUUAUUGAAUCGUCUGUCAACAGCGCAAGAAGACGAUAAUUUAAUAAGACGAAAACCAUCGAAAAUCGCUCAUUAUCGUCGUAAACUACGUUCAAAACUUGAUACAGUUAAAAAACAAUUUAGCGAUCCAGUCCAAUCCUCAUCAUCACGUUCAUUGACUCGUCCACAAAUAUCUACAUUUGAUGAGAUUGGAUCUGGAUUGAAUCAUGCAUUACUUACCGCUAAACUUGCUCCGGCAAUGACAAAAUCUUAUCAGCAGAAAAUGCGCGACUGGCACAAUAUGCAAAAGAGUAAUUUUCUAGUUGACUAUCGUCGACAAUCGGUUAUGAAUAAACUUGAACUAAAUAAUAAUAACAAUAAUUCUCAACGAGGUUCAAUCAUUUCUACCAUACACGAAUCAUCCAAUGAGCCGACAUCAUUAUCUCCGGAUGAAUUAGUUCCGCAAAUUCAAACAAAUCUGUUAUCACUGGACCCUAUUCUAUCGCCAAAUCAAAGAUCUUUUCUAGUUCAUCAAUGGCGUGAAAUAAUGUCCGAAGAAAUUUCUCUUCGUCGUUAUCAUGAAUAUUUAAAAGCUAAAAUCACACAAUUAAAAGAACUUGAAACAGAAUUAAAAUCAUUGAAAACAAGUAUAUUUUGUGCAACCAAUCAAGAUCAUCUUGCCAAACAUCAUUCAAUGUCAAGUAUUGAACAAUGCGAUCAAUAUAAUACACAAAGAUAUUUACCGGAGCGCUGCCGAUCAUUUCAAACAUUAGUAUCAAUGCCUCAUUCAUGGAUAUUAGCUGUACAAAGUGCAGCUUAUUCAGACAUAUUAGAUGGAGCAUCAAGAAAAACAACGGAACAAGCAAUUGUGUUUAACAAGAAGUUUUUCCAUCAGUUGACACAUUUUAAAGGCGAUCGACAACAAUUUGAACAAGGUACAAUCAUCGAUUUGCAAUCAAUGAGUCAUUCACAAACAAAUGCUUUACAUAAAGAAAAUCUCAAUGAAAAACAACGAUCAAUUCUGCAACACAAAAGAAUGAUUUUAAGUCGUGGAUGCUUACGUAAAUUAUCACUUAUAUUACCAGGUGAAAUUCAUCAAUCGAGUGUUUCUACUCCAAUGACGCCAUUAGAAACAACAAUCACUAAAUUAGGAUCGUCAUCUCCUAUUGAUCUUCUAUCGACACCAACAAAUAGUGAACCCGAACGGUCAAGUCUUCCAUCAUCAUCAUCAGCAGCACUUAAUAAACGUUCAAAACGUUCACGUUUUGAUCUAAAAAAAACUAUACAGCGAAGUAAAAGUAUGUGCAUAACACAAUUUAAUUCAUGGCUUCAACGCCAUCGACAACACCAACAGCAGCAACACGUUUCACCUAAACCUAGACGAAAAUCCGCCGUAGAUUCAAAACCGACUAAAGAAAUACUAUCAACACCGUCAACACCAAAAUUACUUGGUUCACCUCGUUUAGCUCGACUUCAUCAAAGAAUAUUCAAGCAAAAUACAUCACAUUCUCCGCCACCAUCAUCGCCAGUAUCUUUAGAAUUACAAUCUGUAUCAUUACCACGAUUAACAGAAGUUCAUGUGCCCUCACCCGAACCAGUGGACGAUUCCGAUGAACAAUUUCAGCAACAACAUGAACCUCAAGUUCGUAUCUACUUGCCAGCUCGAACACCUUCAAUAAUUCGUCGCGUACGAAUCACCGACAAUCCUACGAUAGCUGAUAGUAAUUUUAAGCCUCCACCAAUGGAAAAAAUAUCAUCGCCAAUAGUAACUCGACGACAUUUACAAUCCGCAAUGAAACAAGGAACAACAAAAGAACAACAAUCAACUUGUACAGAUCUAUGA